CGGUGCGUUGGCUCGGAAAGGAAAAGGGAGUCCCUACUUUUUCAUCUUCACCGUCAAAAAGCAUCUUCUUUCUCGAGUCCUCUGCUCCAAGAUCGAGGCCAUGUCUUGUUGUUCUUCUUCGCUUCGAUUAUUUGCAGCCAAGAUCCCCAUCUCUCUCAUCCAAAAACAAUCGCUAAUUGGACCAGCGAAGCAGCUAACGAAUCUGGCCAUUUACAGACCGAUCUCCUUCCAGAAGAUCCCAACCAGAAACCCAUCGACAUUAGCAGUCUCUGCGUCAGCAUCGAGCUCCAUGGACCUGCAACCCAUUGAAGAGCUACCUCCAAGGCUCCAGGAAAUCGUCAAACUCUUUCAAUCCGUUGAAGAACCGAAGGCCAAGUACGAGCAACUCAUGUUCUACGGGAAGAAUUUGAAGCCACUCGAUACGCAGUUCAAAACUAGGGAAAACAAGGUUGAGGGCUGCGUAUCACAGGUCUGGGUUAGGGCUUAUCUCGAUAAAGACAAAAAUGUUUUCUACGAGGCCGAUUCCGACUCGGUUCUUACCAAGGGUCUCGCUGCUUUGCUUGUUCAAGGACUAUCUGGAAGGUCCGUCCCGGAAGUUUUGCGGAUCUCGCCGGAUUUCGUGGUGCUCCUCGGGUUGCAACAGAGCUUGACGCCCUCGAGGAACAAUGGAUUCUUGAACAUGUUAAGGCUGAUGCAGAAAAAGGCUCUUGAGUUGUCAAUGGAAGCCGAGAAGGGUGAAGGUUCCUUUGCUAGAUCAAAUUCCGCGGCGAGAGAAGAUGGUAGCUUGGGGAAUUCGAGUGGUGGGUUGAACGAAAAGUACCGUGACAAGUUCAGAGAGUGAAAACCGAGUUACAGGUUCGAAUUCGGGAGGGAACGGGAUGGGUCGAACUCAGGUGGCUUAGGGAGUAGAGGGACGAGGAUUAGAGAGAAGUUGGAGAAGGAGCUCAGUCCUGUUGAGUUGCAGGUGGAUGAUGUAUCGUAUCAACACGCUGGUCAUGCUGGUGUGAGAGGCAGUGAUGGAGAGACUCAUUUCAAUGUGAGAGUUGUCUCUGAGGCAUUUGAAGGGAAGAGUUUAGUAAAGAGGCACAGGUUAAUAUAUGAUCUGUUGCAAGAUGAGUUGCAGACAGGACUGCACGCAUUGUCCAUUGUGGCAAAGACACCAUCUGAGGUCGGUGCAAGAUGAAAAAAAUUAGUUUUGCUUUUUGCUAUAUCUAUCUUUUCUUUUAUUCAAUUGGGAUGAAAUUAUAACGAAAUUUUAUGUAUUAGAUUUGUAAAGGAGUUUCCAAUUGUUUGGAAAAGUCUUAAACUUUGAACAAACGUGUCUUCGAUUAUCGUAAGAUAAAUGGGUUGCAAAUCUCUCGAUACAUAUAAUUAAA